AUGAUAAUCCUUUAAUUCUAAGGGUUAUUUAUAUACCUCUAAAUCCAUUUUAUCGCCCCAUUUCCUCUGAAGUUUACAGGGAGUUAUAGUUACGUGGCUUUUAAAGACUCGACAUGCUGUCUGUGCGGGUCUGCAGCCCGGGCGCAGUCGCAAGCGUGAGGUUCUGUCUUGGAUGCCCCGAUAAGAUCCCGUUGAUGCGAGAAUCAAUGCGGUGCAUGAGCUGGUCCCCUCGCCAGCUGCGGGUGCAAAUAUCGACCCCCCCAGACACCUUCAAGAGCGAGCACCCCAGAGUUCUUAUCACAGGUGGUCUGGGGCAGCUGGGAGUUGAGCUGGCCCGACUUUUAAGGAAACAGUAUGGCAAGAACAAUGUGAUCCUAUCAGACAUUAAGAAACCCUCUGACGAGGUUUAUGACAGUGGCCCCUUCGUUUACGCGGACGUCCUCGACUACAAGAACCUACAGGAGCUGGUGAUCAACAACAGGAUCACGUGGCUGGUGCACUACAGCGCCUUGCUGAGCGCUGUCGGAGAGGCCAAUGUUGCGCUGGCACGCAGAGUCAAUAUUACAGGCCUGCACAAUGUCCUGGAUAUUGCUCUGGAGAACCACCUGCGGCUCUUUGUACCCAGCACCAUCGGAGCAUUCGGCCCCACCUCCCCCCGAGACCCCACCCCAGACCUGUGCAUCCAGAGACCCCGCACCAUCUACGGGGUGUCGAAAGUGCACACUGAGCUCAUAGGCGAGUACUUCCAUCACAAGUACGGCUUGGACUUCCGCUGCCUGCGAUACCCAGGAAUCAUCUCAGCAGACACGGAGCCAGGAGGAGGAACCACAGACUACGCGGUCAAAAUCUUUCACGACGCUGUCAGCAGCAAGACGUUCGACUGCUACCUGCGACCGGACACCCGCCUUCCCAUGAUGCACAUCAGCGACUGUCACCGUGCCACCCUGGAGUUCCUGCAGGCACCGGCGGGGCAGCUUACUCUCAGGACCUAUAACAUCGGAGCCAUGAGCUUCACCCCAGAGGAGGUGGCCGCAGAGAUCCGCAGACACAUCCCCGAGCUGCGGGUCACCUACACCCUCGACGCUGUGCGCCAGAGCAUAGCGGACAGCUGGCCGAUGCGUUUCGACGACAGCAACGCUCGCAGGGACUGGGGCUGGAAGCCGUCUUACAGCCUGCCCGAGCUGGUGAGCGACAUGCUGCGGAGCAUCAGAGCACAGAGAGAGAAGGAGAGCUAGCCACGGCUCCGCACAAUCGCUGGAACGCAGGAGGCCACAUUACAUCAAAAAACAACUGGGGCUUUCCCAGGUGCCUGUUAGUUUUCACAUUCACGGUCUCUUUGGCACGAGAGAACCAGAGGCAAACGCAUCAGGGUUGAAGGGGAUGCAGGUUGACACUAAGUGUCUUACUCUAAGGUAUUUUCUGUCAGUCAAGCAUAUUUUGACAUUUAAAAAACGAACCUAUUUAUUUUCAUUACCUUAUUCAUUACUGUUCUUCUGGAAUAUGUACUGAAUAUUUUAAUAUUUGCAGGAGUAAAGCGAGAAAUGUGUGUUUCGGGUUGUAUCAAUAUCAACUUCAGUCUUGUUUGACAAAUAAAAGAACUACAUCAAAAACUGAAAA